ACCAUGUACCGUGCGUAAAAACUUUACCCACAACGGUCGACUAUUCUGUAAGAAACGAUUAACAGCUUAAAACGGAGAAUUUUAUUGAACAAAUGGGCGGUAUAAUAUGAACACCAAACCCUUCAACUUCGCUUUUUCCAAGUUAAACGUCAAAAACGGGUAGAACAGCGUAGCUGCUGCAGUCUAACAUGAUGUGAUUUUCGCCCAGGUCCAUGGUCUGAAUUCUGUUCUUUACUUGGUUGUGUUUUCUUGAUGUACAUAUCUAUAGGCCUAGGUUCAGACAGUGACAGAUUGUGAACUACAGAAUAGUCCUUUCUUUGGACCAUAGAAAUAACACCUGAUAUGAGGUGAAUGAACGCUAAGUUUUUCAGUUGUUUAAUUUGCUUUUUGGUACAUUUGUUGUCUUCCGAUGUAUUGCUGGUGGGAAAUCAUUACAUAAAAGCAUUUCAAAUCCUAUGGACUUGAAUGAUGGGGAAGAGGCCCCGUCAGCUGGUUGUAAUUUCUGACUCCGAUGAAGAAGAUUACAAUCAUAAUGCACACUCUUCAAAAUCUACUGUGCAUGAUUCAAAAUUUGGAGUCCAUGGUGAACGCAAGAAGCUAAAGAAUGACAAGAGAUCUUCUCGAUGUACCAUUAGGUUACAAAAGGAAAAUCUUUUUCAAAAUGAGGAUUGGCCUGCUCUCCUUCCUGAGACAUUUUCUGAAGCCUCACCUCUUCAGCAGCAGCCCAUUGUCUCAAAAGACAGAAAUCAAAGACCACCAUCUGCUCAGAAAGCUGAAACAGUUUUAUGGGCUGACAAAUAUAAACCAAAAACACUGAUGGACCUUGCUGUCAAUAAGAAAAAGGUAGCUGAAAUAAAAGCUUGGAUAGAAGAGCAGCUGAACAGUUCAAUGGAACCUUCUGGACAUCAUGUUCUUUUGCUUACAGGACCAACAGGAGUUGGGAAAACUGCAACUGUUCAUUUGAUUAGGGAUCUUUUAAGGAUUGAAAUGCAUGAAUGGGAGACACCUGCCCCUACAUUGUGGAGAGAAUAUAUACAUCAUGUAAAUUCUGGAACAUCAUAUAUUUCAAAGUUCGAUGAGUUUGAAGCAUUUGUAAGUGCUAUCAAAAAAUUUCCAGUGUAUAUGGGCUCAUCAAAAGGAGCUGGCAGAUUUCAGAAUGCUAUGGUGAUUCUGAUAGAUGAUUUGCCAGUUCCAACUAGUAGGGAGGCUUGCCAACAACUCUGUCGAUGCCUUCGAAUUCUUGCACUGUCUGCCCAAUUCCCAACCAUUGUUUUAGUUACUGAUUUCCCUGAAGCUGGUGACAGAGAAGGACCUGGCCGAAUGAUUCUAGAAUUGGAGUUAGCUCUUGAGCAAGGUGGAGCUACAAAGAUUGCUUUCAAUCCACUUACAGCUAAAGCAAUCAUGAAGACACUCACAAAAAUAUGGAAAACUGAAUAUCUCUCUCCACCUCCAGAUUGGCUAAGAAACAUAUCUGAGAAUAGUGGAGGUGAUAUUAGACACGCAAUUAAUUCAUUGCAGUACCUCUGCCUUGGCCAGGUCUCUGGGACUUGGGAUCCAGGAGGCAUUGCAUUGGAACUGCCUGAAUCAAAAUCUAGAAGACAGUCACAGAAGAAAGUUGUUCAUUCGUAUCCAUCUUUAAGCUGUCUAGAAUUUACAGAUAAGGUCAAUUCAAGCAUGGGACGCGAUGGAAGUCUUUCUCUAUUUCAUGCUCUUGGGAAAUUUUUACACAACAAGAGAGAAACAGAUCAGAUUGCAGAUUCAGUGCAAGGUUCUGUUGUUAUGAAGGAGAAGUUUGUGAGAAAUCCAUUGAAGAUGGAUAUGCCAGAAGUUGUUCUCUCUCAGGCACAUGCAGAAGCUGGGAUGUUUUCUGCUUUCCUACAUGAAAAUGUAUUAGAUUUUAUAAGCGAGGAGGCAAUAGAUGAUGCUUGGAUGGCAUUAUCUUAUUUGAGUGACUCCGAUUGCCUUCUUGGUGCUAGUAAUUGUCGUUACCAAAGAAGAACUAAAGCACUACUAGAAUGGGAUGAAGUUAAUUCAGCAUUUGUUGUUGAAUCAAUAUCUGGAUCUGUCAUGACUCGUGGAGUUCUGUUUGGAAAUUCUCAUCCUGCACCUCCCAGAUGGCAAUCUAUCCGAGGCCCAGCACUUUGGCAGGUGGAGCGGUCCUCACACAAAAAGAGGAUUGAAAUGUUCUCAGAGAGAUUGGCUUCCAGUGGCCUUUUUAAGACUAGCAGUUUAUCCGUUUUGGCUACUGAAUAUAAACCAGUUAUGCAGAUGUUGGGACAGCCAGCUUUCCAUGUGCAGCUGGAAUCUUUAAGAGGCUAUAAUGAAGAAUGGGAUAAACAACAUUGGGAUUAUGAAGAAAUAGAAGCACCUGAAAUUGAUUCAGCUGAGUUAGAUAAUCUCAUUUCUGAUGGCAACAUUUUGUCAACAUUAGAUAUCAACGACAAUUUUACAAAUGUGAAUAGUAGGUUAAGUGAGAUUCCGGAGGAGAUGGAUGCAGAUGAGAUAGAGGAGUGGUAAUUUUCCUAUACAGGGAUGCUUUAUACGGCAGGAGUUGAGAAGGCUAUUUUCAAGACACUUGUAAAAUAUAAGCAAAGAAAGGGAAACGAAUCCACAAGUAGAUUUUGUAAAAAAUAUGACCAGGUAUUCAUUUUUUCUAGACUCAUAUUUUAAGGAAGAAAGCUUAUCUUCGUUUUAAUUCUAGAUACCCAAAUUGGUUUUGGUUGAAUCAAAACCUUAUAUGUAAAGCACCGUAAUUCGUAUGUAAUUUUCCUACGCAAGGAGCAUUUUGGUAUUAUUUCA